CGGAAGUGGCUCCCAAGAGGGCGGGCGUAGUGAGAACUCGGCUCAGGUGAGGCCGCCGCCCGUAUUGUCGCGUUUAGUGUGGGGGUGGUGACGGGUUCUGUAUCUUGCGGGUACGGGUGCUUUCGGGGUGUCCUGAGGCUAAAUUGCAAAAUUUACUGGGAGGGGAGGAUCUUGGAGGCCGCCUAGUCGAAUUUUCAGCUGAGGCCAGGAGCUGUCCUAGGUUCCUGGGAGAGGGGCUCGGCCUACAGGGCCUUUCUAGACCUAAUUAAGAAAGGACGUAGAGCGUCCGCACGAAUCACGGAUGGGUCGGUAGAGAAGAGCUGCCGCCGCCGCCGCCACCGCCACCACCGGAGACUUUGCCCUAAAGGCCUUUAAAGUGGUUAUUGAUUUGUUAAAAUAGGCAUAAAUUAAGGGCAGACUCAGAUAGAGAACCAGGCCUGGAGACGGGAGGUCCUAGGUUCAAAUGUGACCUAUAGUCCCAGCAGACUAAUCAUUUAAACCUUAUUGCCUAAUCCUUACUUUUUCUUCUGGCUUGGAAGCAAUACACAGUACUGAUUCUAAGACGGAAGAUCUUGAGUUUCGCCUACUUUCUGCAUGUUGGCCUGUGUGGGCUUGGUCAGCAGGAAGUUCCAAGCUCCCCAGUCCUUGUUCAGCAGGAAGUUCCAAGCUCCCCAGUCCUUGUUCAGCAGGAAGUUCCAAGCUCUCCAGUCCUUGUUCAGCAGGAAGUUCCAAGCUCCCCAGUCCUUGGUCAGCAGGAAGUUCCAGGCUCCCCAGUCCUUGACCAGCAGGAAGUUCCAGGCUCCCCAGUCCUUGACCAGCAGGAAGUUCCAGGCUCCCCAGUCCUUGGUCAGUAAUCCUUCACGUCCUUUCAUGGAUCUGAAAACUCUCGUUGCAUCUUUGAAUGACUUUGCCUCACUUGCAUUUGCUGAAAACUGGGACAAUGUUGGAUUAUUGGUGGAGCCAAGUCCACCCCAUACCGUGAAGACACUUUUGCUAACAAAUGACCUGACCGAGGAAGUGAUGGAGGAGGCACUCCAGAGGAAAGCAGAUCUCAUUCUCUCCUAUCAUCCACCUAUUUUCCGACCACUCAAGCGCAUAACUUGGAAAACAUGGAAGGAGCGUCUGGUGAUCAGGGCUUUGGAGAAUAGAAUUGCUGUCUACUCUCCACAUACUGCCUAUGAUGCUUUACCCCAAGGAGUCAACAACUGGUUAGCAAAAGGGAUUGGAGUUUGUACCUCUCUUCCAAUACAUCCUUCAAAAGCUCCUAACUGUCCAACAACAGGAACUCAUCGAGUGGAGUUUAACAUAAAUGACACCCCAAGUAUGGACAAAUUUAUGUCUGCAGUGAAAGAGAUACCAGAAAUUUCGAUCACUACCUUAUCUGCUAGGAAUGAUGGAGAAGAACAAGUACGAGUCAGUCUGAACUGUACCCAGAAGUCAUUGCUGCGGGUGGUGGCUUUUCUCUCUGAAAAUAGCCAUCUUUAUCAGAAGACUGAGAUUCUGUCACUGGAGAAACCUCUGCUUCUGAAUACUGGGAUGGGAAGAUUAUGCACAUUGGUUGAAUCUGCCUCCCUGGCAACCAUGAUUGAACGAAUCAAAGGUCACCUAAAACUAGCCCACCUUCGCCUAGCUCUUGGAGUAGGGAGGACUUUAGAGUCUCCAAUCAAAGUAGUAGCCUUGUGUGCCGGUUCUGGGAGCAGUGUGCUUCAGGGUGUAGAAGCAGAUCUUUACCUUACAGGUGAGAUGUCACACCACGAUGUCCUUGAUGCUGCUGCCCAAGGGAUAAAUGUCAUUCUUUGUGAACACAGCAACACUGAACGAGGCUUCCUAUCAGAACUUCAAGACACUCUGACUGCUCACCUAGAGUAUAAAGUCAACAUUAUCCUGUCAGAAACAGACAGAGACCCUCUUCAGGUGGUAUGAAACAGGAAUAUCUGGGCUACUGCACUAUGUAAAAUCCAUCACAUCCUAAAGAGUUUAUACUCAGGAACAGAGUUGGUACACCUCAAAGUGGUAUUCCUUAUAAUGGUUCAUUUUUAUUUAGUUUCAUGAACUGACUAAAUUUAAUCCUUAAAGUGAAGAUUAAUGUGCUAAUAAUACACUAAACUGCUUUAUUACAACAAAAGAUGUUUGCUAAAAACUCAAUUAAAGAAUAUGAAAAUUGGCUUCAGAAAACAUUAUCAGGAGGUAGCUUCAAGUAAUCUAAUACUUGGCUACAUUGAUAUUGCUCAGUGUUAGUGUCAUUUAAUUAAAAUAUCCUAUACUAGAAAACUGUAAAUAUAAGCUUAUAGAGGGUAUGGAUGUGCUCCUUUGCACAAAACAAGUCAUCAUUUGAGGAAAUUAAAAUUAUUGUGUCAUUUGAUAAUUGCUCUUAUUCUAUAAUUGACCUGUUUCCCUAUUAUGUUGAGGAACAUUGCUCAGUUCUGGAGUUAAGCUCAAGAAUGUGAUCUUUCCUAGUCUGAAUUAGUUUAAAAGGGUGGUUGAAAGGCAAUGCAGCUAAGCCCCUGGGACAUCUGUUUGUUGUCUCUAAUCCCUAACCAGCUUAACUUGGUGUCAUCCUUCAAAAGUCAAGUGGUCUGUAGGCUUGACUUCCCCCAAGUAGGGAUUAAACCAGGUGGCUGUGGUCCCCUAACAAAGAUUACAAGAAGCAGAUGAUUUCCAUAAGACAAUUAACAUUUAAUAAUUGUCAAGAGAGGGGCAUGAUUAGCUCUACCUGGAUGCCAACCACUCCCCCUACCCCUUCCUGUGAGUAAAUAGAGGACCCCCCCCUUCCCCUUUACUGGGGUCGAUGGCCUUCCUAGGGUGGCCAAUCUGACCUGCUUUGUUAACAGUGAAUAAAGUGAUCAUGCUUGGAGAACAUACUUCAGUUUACUUUUAUUGUAUUUAUUUGCCACACCAUUAACCAAAAUUUAAGACACAAAUUUGUCAAUAUUUUUACUGUAUGGAAAUAUGAAGACUGUCUUGUUUUAGUGAAAAAAAUGUAUUAUUUUAGUACUAUGUAUUUUCAGUACAGACUGAAAAAAAAAUUUUAAACCAUUUGAACUGUGAAAAUUGCCACCACCUACAGUUGUUUUUCAGUUGUAUCUGACUCUAAGUAAUCCCAUUUGGGUUUUUCUUAGCAAAGAAAAAGUGGCUUGUCAUUUCCUUCUCCAGUUCAUUUUACAGAUAAGGAAACAGGCCAACAGAGUUAAUUGAUUUUUCUAAGGUCACACAGCUAGUAAAUGUCUGAGGCCAGAGUCUUCCUGACUCCAGGUCCAGUGUUCUGUCCACUAUACAGCCUCGCUGCCCCUCUACAGUAAGGCUCUCCUAAUCCCAACAGCCAGUCAAGAGAGGCCAGCAAGAACAAACUAUGGACAGACUUCCUUCCCUCACUUUUUCUUCCCUAUUGCCCAGUUUCCUACAGGUACUAUAUACCCAUCCAUCUCUUAUAGAAGCUAAUCCCUGCCAGGAAGAACAAAGAGUCUAUCUUCAUUCUGAUCCAUUACGCCUUUUCCCAUAGUUGCUGGGGCCUUGGCUUCUCUUGGCCUUCAUUGCUUGGAUGGCAAAAGCAGGGAAGUCACCAAUUACAAUCCUGAAAUGAAGAUGGUGGAUCACUGGGCUUUAACAACUGCCCUAUUGUGGCUCCCUUAAGCUACCAGACUUUUACUCUGUGUCUUGAAGCUAAACCUACUUUAUGCACAUUACCUGCCCCCAUUAAAAGGGAAGCUCCUUGGGCAGAACUUUUUGCUUUGUAACCCAGUACUCAGAGCUGCAUGACAGUAAGUAGUAAAUACCUUUCUGUCCUGGGCUAUUUUUGAAUGCUAAACCAGGCUGCUGAAUAGACCUAGAAGUUUCAACUCUAUUUACUGGGACCAUUCACUUCCACUGGACCCUUAGUCCUGCAAGGCCAACCUUUAGUUCCUCCCCUGUUGAUCCCUCUCUGUCCCGAGAGGCUUUUCCAGAUAUUUUGCCUCUCUUACCCUCAGCUGAGGAACCUGCCUCUUACAGGACUGAGAAAACAAGUCUUUUGAUAGUUCACUCCUUAUCUCUUCACCCCCAAAGCCUUGAUAUUACCUCCCACUGGCUUCCUUUUCCUCAGCCCCAGUAUUGUGGUGGCUUCUCUCCUCACCAAGGACAACCCCUCCCUGUCUGCUUGAUCCCAUCCCCUCCAGCUUUUCCCAGUAUAUUGCAAUUUCAAUCACUCCAUGGCCUCUUCUUAUCAGUUGGUUCCGGCCUUGCUGUCUUCAAACUUGCCCAAGUUUCCUUCAUCCUUAAAAAAAACUACUUUUCCCUGCCUCCCCUCAAGCUCUCCUUUUCGCAGCCAAACUCUCAAGAGGCUGCCUCCACUUCCUCUCUUCACCCCCUUUGUAAUCUGGCCAAUCUCUUCAUUAGUCUCCAUGUACCAAGCCUCUUCCCACACCAGUAUAUCUAAUAUACUGGUGCCAAAGGAACUUGAAUUAAGUGGAUCUGGCCGUGUCACUUCUCCACUUAACUCAAGUGGCACCCUAUUUCCUCUAAGAUAAAACAGAAACUCUCCCAUUUAGCUUUAAGCAUCUCACAACCUGGCCCAUUCAGUUUUUUUCCAGCCUCAGUGUAAGGUAUCCUCAGCCACUUUGCAGUCUAAUCAGAUGAUUUGGCCUGUCUGCUCACACAACUCCCAUCUCUCAUCUUCCUGCCUUUGUACUGGCCAUCCCAUGCCUUGAAGACAUUCUUUUCCCCCUUCCUCCAUCCCCACCAGUACAAAUUGCUAGUGCAGCCCCUCCCAAACCCCCUGUAUUUAAUGUCGUAUUUUCUUCUUUACAAUUAUUCUUACUAUACUUCUAUAUGUACUUCUAAGUGUGCAUACAUACCUAUAUACUUCUGAAUAUAUAUAUAUAUAUAUGUGUGUGUGUAUGUGUGUGUGCUUACCUUGCCCAUUAGAAUGUAAGAUCCUUGUAAGUAGAGAUUGUUUAAUCCUUGUACUUGUAUCCCCAGAGCCUGGCAAAGGCCUAACACGUAGUAAGCACUUAGUAGUUUUGAAUUGUAUUUGCUUUUUCCCAAAAGUUGUACAGAUGGCAGAAUAAUUAAGAAGGUCGUGUAGUGCACUGAAUUUCUAAGUAAACUCUAGGAAAUGCCUGGCAAAAGCCUAGCCAUUACCACAUUUUGAAUUCCAAGUAUCUGCAAUCUACAUUAAGAACAUGAUAUGCUCCACAAAGCCAACUUCAAAUUACAAAUUAUAUUUCAUAAGAAUUUUUCACUUUUCAAGUGGAGCAACUAGAGAAACAAAUUUGUUCUCCCUUUUCUAAACUAUUUAAUUGCUCUGUGAAAAAUGCCAAUAUGCAAGUGGCAUUGUUAAUGAUCAAAAAAAGGUACUAAAUGUAAAAUUUUCCCAAAUUAAUCCGACUCCACAAGAGUUAAUUCGUCCCCCAAGAAUUAGUACCAUCGCAAAUCACUGUUAGCUGAUGGGUGGUUGCUCAGACUGGACCUUCAAGAAUCAUUCUGUCUUCAAGAAUGCAGAAAGUACACGAAGUAGCAAAAAAGCAGAUAAAUGUUAUUUUCAAGGUUCUACUUUGCAGAAAAAAUCAACAUAUAACAGAGGUUCUUAACCUGGAGUCUUUGAACUUUUUUUCCUUCAUGAUAAAUGUAUUAGGUUUCCUUUUCAGGUAUUUUAUUGUAUGUAUUUAAAAAGAUUACUCUGAAAAGGGGUCUGUAGGCUUCAUCAGCCUACCAAAGGGGUCUGUGACCAAAAAUGAUUAAGAAUUCCUGAUUCAGAGUAAUGCUUAAGUAGAGUACUGGUCUUGUAACACAUUUUUAAAGUUUUAUAACUUUUCGUAAGUUUCCUUAUGAAUUUUUCCUGUAAUAAAAACAUUUAAGCAAAUCAA